GACUGGAGAGAUCAAAAGUCGAGACUUGGAAGAGUCAUGGAACAACAGGAGUCCGCCUCAGCCUCUGCUCUUCAUCUUGAUGUGGGUAAUACCUCCUCCUCUGCUCUUCAUUUCGAUGUGGGUGAUACCUCAUUGUCAUCACUGAUUCAUCACGACUCUGAUGAUCAUGAAGCUGAGAUUUGUAUCGAUCCGACGAUGAUUACAGAUGCCAAAUACGCAGAAGAAUUGCAGUUCCAAGAGGUUAUAAUGGCGUCGUCUACUUUCAUUUCCCAAUCAAUGAACAACAUCGCUUCGUGUUCCUCAUCAACUCUGACAACCCAAGCAACCCAAGCAGUCCCAACCAGUGCAACCCAUGAAGUGCUUGACCCAGAAGCCGAUGUUUCAUCCCAAACCCUCUGUGGGAUUUGUGUUGAAGCCAAAGAGAGUGACCAGAUGUUCUCAAAUGAAAGCUGUGCUCACUCCUUCUGCUCAGAUUGCAUAACCAAACAAGUUGCGGCGAAACUUGGCGAGAGCAUUCACAUGGUUUCCUGCCCCGGAUUGGAUUGCAAAGCAGUCCUCACACUUGAGAAUUGUACCGCAAUUCUCCCCAAAUUGGUUCUCGAAAGGUGGAAUGAGGCCCUAUGUGAAGCUUUGGUUCUGGGUUCUCAGAAACUCUACUGCCCUUUUAGUGAUUGCUCAAUGAUGUUGGUGAUUGAUAAUGAAGGGGAGAGUGUGAGAGAGUCAGAGUGCCCUGCUUGCCAUAGACUGUUCUGCGCUGCGUGCCGGGUUCCGUGGCAUUCUGGGGUUGAUUGUGAGGAGUUUCAGAGGCUUAAUGAGGACGAGAGAGGGAGGGAAGAUCUUAUGGUGAAUCAGCUUGCCAAGGAGAAGAGUUGGAGGAGGUGCCCCAGGUGCAAGUUUUAUGUGGAGAAGACUGAAGGCUGUUUGCACAUUACUUGCAGGUGCCAUUUUCAGUUCUGUUAUGGCUGCGGAGCAGAAUGGACAAGUAACCAUGGUGGUUGCCUGUCUCAGUGCAGCAGGAAUUAAUCAAUGAGUGAGGAGGCAGCCACAAUAUAUAUAUAUAUAUAGUUAUGUUUCUGUUGGCCUCCAUAUAUAGUUGUGCUAGUAGAUCUUUCUUCAGGAUGUCCUUGAAAACUUGAUUUAAUCCCUGCAGAAGAAUACUCUGCCCUAAACCUUGGUGCUUUUUUAUCCCUAUUAUGUACGUAACAUUCUAGCGAAUAUUGUUUUUCAUCCAACAAUUUUGUAUUUGCUUUAUUUAAAUGAUGGAAAUCGGAGAAGAGAAGAACAUGAACUACA